AAAGCGAGACGACGAGCGAAGACGGCGUUGCUCAUGUCUCGAUAGCUCCCACGUGUAGAAGAGGUACACUUGAUCGGAGUUCCAAUCGUCGACACACCCAUCCCCCAUUGAAGUUGAAAAAGGUAUCAAUUUACAGAUCCAUUGAAUUGAUGUUGUGGGUGCGAAAGAGUCACCUCUCUCGGUACAGUCACUACCGUCGGGAGGUGUUAGGGUUGAGGCGUUGACUGCGGUGGUUCGUGUCGAGAAAAGCUUUUGAGUUGGGUCGAGACGAAUCCGAUAGUAGUUGAAAGGUUGAACAUACAAAGCUGUCAAGAUGAAUAUCUUCAGGCUUAUCGGGGAUUUGACGCACUUGAUGAGUAUAAUCGUGUUGCUGUUAAAGAUCCAUACCAUCAAGUCAUGCGCGGGGAUUUCGUUAAGGACUCAGGAACUGUAUGCCUUAGUAUUUGUCACGCGGUAUCUGGACAUUUUCGUCUCUUAUAUAUCUCUAUACAAUACUUUGAUGAAGUUAAUAUUUCUGGGCACCUCAUUCUCUAUCGUGUGGUACAUGAGAUAUCAUAAGACAGUGCGGCUGUCGUAUGACAAGAGCAACGACAAUUUCCGGCACUAUUUCCUGAUUGCGCCAUGUCUACUGCUAGCUCUGGUUCUGAACAACAGGUUCACUUUCCGGGAGGUUUUGUGGACCUUCUCUCUGUAUUUGGAGGCGGUUGCCAUAAUACCACAGUUGGUUUUAUUGCAAAGGACAAGAAAUGUAGACAAUUUAACAGGCAACUAUGUGUUUUUCCUUGGAGCUUAUCGUGGAUUCUACCUCAUCAACUGGGUUUAUCGGUACCUGACGGAAAGUCAUUACCGUCAAUGGAUAACCUGGAUGGCAGGACUCGUUCAGACAGCCUUGUAUGCGGAUUUCUUUUACUACUACUUCAAGAGUUGGAAGAACAACGAAAAGCUCAAGCUACCAGCUUAAACGUACAUCGCAAUUUUAGCGUAGAUGUACAUCGCAAUGGUCUUUGUCUUCGGAAUAGUAGUUAGAAUUGAGUAUCGUAGUUUAAAAAGAAGCUUUUACAAAUGAAUAGUUUUGUGCUGACUCCGCAUCUUUUUGUGCAGCUUAAGUGUAGGGAUGGGUGUCUAAAUUACAAGAAGCUUGGAAAGAUAGUCCGAUUCAUUUGGUCAUUGAUUCCAUGACCUUGUUAGCUCAUAUUACGUCAUAACUGCCGAUUUGUUGAGCUUGUCCACAGUCUACAAUGUAUGGCAAUCUUUUCAUCA